CCAUGCAGUCACUCACACGGGGACACGCGAAUUGCGCAUCGUCAGCCAUCGUCCUGUCAGCCAGUCUCACAUGCGGUCAGCCACUGAGUAGCAUUUCGCCUCGCAUUGACCUGCCUGCAUAUACGUCUCAGAUUUAGUUCGAACAGGGGCACUUGCACGUCCACGGUGCUGAGCCGCUUGUUUAGCAACCCUCAACUUCACACCGUACUGCCAUCGACCACCAUGGUGUACUACAAGGAGUUCUUCCAGGAAUGGGCGGCCCACCAAGUGCUGCGCCGCCCGUCGAUGAAGCAGAGUGAGCCGGCCUUCUACCGCAGACUAGAGCAGGCUCUGGAUGUCCACCGUGAGAAGGGCGCCCUCAUCAUCCUGAAGCCACGCUGGGACGAUAGCGUCAUCGAUUUCACCUCGAGCGACUUCCUCUCUCUCAGCCGCUCGGGCCGCAUCCGCAAUGCUUUCAUGGAGGAGCUGGGCAGCCUGGGCGACGACUGGCGUCUCAGCGCUUCAGGAUCCCGCACCCAGUACGGCAACUAUGACUAUCUGCGACAGGUCGAAGACGAGAUAGCCGCAUUUCACAACGCUGAGACGGCGUGGGUGUGCCACUCCGGCUUCUUCGCUAACAUCAGUGUGCUGGAGGCCGUGGCGCUGCCGGGCGACGCCAUUGUGUGGGAUGAGCUGUCCCACGCAAGCACCGUCGUUGGCCUCCGAGUCAGUGUGGCCGCCCACAAACUCUCGUUCCAGCACAACAAUCCAGACGCUUUGCGCGAUGUCUUGACCCGUCUCAAGACCGACGACCCCGCUUUUGCGAGGGGGGACAGGUCGGUUCUGAUCUGUGUCGAAUCUGUCUACAGCAUGGAAGGCGACAUAUGCCCGCUCAGAGAGAUGGUGGCGGUCGCUAAAGAGGUGUUUCCCACCGGAAAUGCCCAGUUCAUCAUUGAUGAAGCCCACAGCAAUGGUAUCAUAGGCCCAGAUGGCGCCGGUUUGGUCCAGAUGCUAGGGUUGGAGAAUGAGAUUGCCAUACGAGUCCACAUGUGCAGCAAAGCUUUGGCAUCGACGGGUGGCGUAAUCCUUUGCAACAAGACCGUGCGCGCUACCCUCGCUCACUUCUCCCGAUGCUUGACAUAUAGUGGCGCACCUUCAGUUCCCAUGGUCGCUUCUAUUCGGGCUGCUUAUCAGUUAUUAAGUAGUGGUCAGACAGCAAAGGAGCAAGGCCAGCUUCAAGCCAACGUGAGAUACUUUUUCCAGGCACUGCUGGAACACCCCGACUGGGAAGAGGCCCUGGAUGAAGGUCUCUUAUCUGUUCCGCUCGCCGAAGAGUGGGAGGAACGCUCCGUCCAUUCGCACGUCAUACCCAUCAAAGUACGCCCUAGCCACGAGGCCCAUCUUUUCGGCCAUCUGCUAAUCGCCAACAUCAACGCCUACCCCAUCUCCUAUCCUACUGUCCCUAAAGGAACGGCCCUGAUCAGGCUUGUAUUCCAUGCGCAUAAUACGAGAGAGGAUAUUGAUUACCUGCUCAACACCAUAGGUGCAUGGGCUAUCGAAAUGCUAGUCAUUGAGCGUGGUGAGUCGAAGAAUACGGUUCCCGCGGCUCAGCGUCAAUUCCUGGCCUUGCAGGCGAAUGGGUGGAAGUGAACGCUUCCUUCAUCAGCUCAAUAUAAGACAUCUGUUUCUUCUAGAAAAUUCAUGCCGCAUAUCUUUGCCUUUAAUCUUGUUA